UCUGACAGGGCGGCGGCGGCGGCAGUAGUCACGCGCCUCCCCCGCACCCGCACCUUGCCUCGGUUCCCGCCUGGCCCUAACUUUCCCGCCAGGCGGCAGGUGGGUAAGCCUGGCAGCAGCGCGGGGCGUGUCUCCGGCGGGGCUGCUGCCCUCUGAAAAGUCCUCCUCCGCCCCCUCCGCUUCUUCCUCCUCCUCCUCCUCCUCGCGGGGCGCUCGAGGGGCAGCGGCAGGCAAGCGGAGCAGCCUCGCCCAGCCCGGCGACCUGAACUUCGCCCGCGGCGGUAGCGCCUCGCCUCGCCUCGCCCUAGCCCUCGCCCGGCCGGCCAGCACCAUGGACGGCGACACUCUGCCCUGCCUUGACGCGGCCGCCUUCCUGCGCCUGUGGCAGCGCUUCGACGCCGACGACAAUGGUUACAUAGAAGGGAAGGAGCUUGACAACUUCUUCCAUCACCUGCUAAGGACCAUGGGCUGUGAAAGCACCAUGACAAAAGAAAAAAUCCAAAAGGUGAAAGAAAGGUUUAUGUCAGCAUAUGAUGUGACUGCAGAUGGACGCUUACAGAUACAAGAGGUACUUGAAACUGUGUUGGCACCUCAAGGAGAAAAUUUCACAAAUCUGUUUUCAAAUCAUAUUAUCUUACUGAUUUCCCCCCUGCAGAUCUGGCGACAAUAUGAUGCAGAUAGCAGUGGUUUCAUUUCGGCGGGUGAGCUUAAAAACUUCCUGCAAGAUCUUUUUCGGCAACACAGAAAAGCUAUUUCUGAUGCAAAGUUGCAAGAGUAUACUGAUACCAUGAUGAAGCUCUUUGACAAAAAUAAGGAUGGACGGCUGGAUCUGAAUGACCUAGCAAGGAUCUUGGCUCUCCAGGAAAAUUUUCUCCUUCAAUUUAGACUGGAUGCUAGUAGUACAGAAGAAAGGAAGAGAGAUUUUGAGAAAAUCUUUGCACACUACGAUGUUAGUAAAACAGGUGCACUUGAAGGUCCAGAAGUGGAUGGGUUUGUAAAAGAUAUGAUGGAACUUGUCAAGCCCAGUAUUAGCGCCACAGACCUUGACAAGUUUCGUCAGAUCCUCCUUCGCCAUUGUGACAUGAACAAGGAUGGAAAAAUUCAGAAAUCUGAACUUGCUUUGUGUCUGGGAAUUAAAAUCUCCCCAUAGACUUAAAUGUACUUCUCCUGUGGUUUGUCAAUUAUUGUCUUUUAUGAGAGCCUGCUGAUGCUGGUAGAACCUUUUCAGCACUGUGUUAAUUAUUUCUGUUGUACUGAAGCUAGAUGACAGGGAUAACUUACAGGGGAUAUGAAUAGGCAUUGGCAAGGGUCAGCCAAAUUUUUAAAAACAUUAGAAAUAGUAUCAAGCUCGAUACUGUUCCAGUGGAGAUGUUAGCUGUGGGAUUUCUUACACAUUUUUAAACAUGCCUCUACAAAUCAGACUAUCCAAAACAUACCUGCUUUUUAUACCAGGACUGCUGCUACAUUAAAAAUCGCAUUGUAUUUGUGCUACAUGUCAUCGAAUGUGAUUGUGUUCCAUUUCCUAGACUGCAUUCACAGAACUAAGUGUGCCUAUUUUCCUUCUAAGUGCUCCAUAAUUUUGACAGUGAUGUGAGGUAUGAAAUUCCCUGCACUCUUUUCUAGAAAGAUGCACAAGCCUUUUCACAUACUGGAAGCAGCUCAGUGUAUUUGCAUAAAAAUAAAAGUAGCUGUUUAUGAAGGGACGUUAUGGUGGUCUCUACAUUUAUUUAUUGACGUUCUGCAUUUUUAUGCCACCUUUCUCCUAGUAAAUACAGUAUGUAACACUUGACAAACUGGUAGCUAUAUUACACUGGGCUGAUUUAGCCCACCUGUAUCCCACUUCUCCCUUUCAGAAGGCAAGGGUGAACAUCACUGAAAACAGGUGGAAACAGGAGGAAUUUGCUGGACAAAAAACCUUGAAACGUGUUGUUCACAUAUCAGAUUAUACAUUUCUAGUGAAAAACCUGUGCUAUUUUAUUGUUGUUGCUCUUGUUGUUAUUUCCAUGUUCUUUCAAUAAACAUUUUUAAAAGUGUUGUGCACCUCAAAAUGGACCCCGCUCCUGAUGGGGGCCUAAAUCCAGUUCCUACUUCCUGCUCAGGUACUAAAUCAUCAGGACUUAAACAAGAGCCAACGUGACAUAAUUGCUGGAGUGGGUCUCUGUUCAUUGGAGACUAGCUGUUGGAUUUAAGCCUUUGGCUUCUAAUUAAGAAUGGUCUGCUCUCAGUCUCCUUACAUUUCAGGUCCUUCCUUCUG